CCCGUUCCUUUGAACUGCUACAAACCUGUAAAACCAGAGGUCUCUCCUCUUUCUCUCUCUAUCUUUCUCUCUCCUCUGGAGAUUUUGCAAGGCGUUACACUCUCCGGCGUCCGAUUCCGGUCGCAUUCCGAUUCCGGCGCAUUCCGACGUACCUUCAGAAUUAUUUUAAGAGAAGUGGAAAUGGGAGAUAGUGAGAACCAGAGCACUGAAUUAGCAGCUGAUAGAGAGAAUUCAGGGAAUAGUACAAAUGAUGUAGUGAUGGAAACCCUGGUUUCGCCUGAGCUGGAUGUGCCUGAUGAAACUAGUACUGGUGAAAUGGUGCUUGAGAAUGAAGGUGAAGUCAAUGGAAACAUGACAGAAGAAAACCCUAAUGAAAAUGGUAAAGAGGAAGAGGAAUUGACUCGUGAAUUUCCUGUUGACGAGUUGGGCCAUGUAGCUGCUGUUACAUCUUCUGCUAUUGCUGAUGAAAAUAAGAAGGAAGGUUAUGAUAGUCCUAGUCCUGUGAUGAACAAUGAUGCUGUUACACCCUCUCCUCUUCUUAAAUGCAAUACAAAAGCUGUGAAUGGCAGUAUAGGGACAUUGAGUAAAGAGUUCAAUGAAAUGACUGAAGAAGAUGAAGAUGGGACACUGGAGGAACAGACAACAUUCAUGAAGGAGGUUGAAUGCUUUUAUAAAGAGAAGGCGUUGGAGUUUAAGCCACCUAGGUUUUAUGGACAACCACUAAAUUGCCUGAAGUUGUGGAGAGCUGUCACUAAAUUGGGUGGCUAUGAUAGGGUAACUGGAGCAAAGUUGUGGCGGCAAGUUGGAGAGUCAUUCCAUCCUCCAAAGACCUGUACUACGGUCUCGUGGACAUUCCGCAUUUUCUAUGAGAAGGCACUUCUGGAAUAUGAGAGAUACAAACUACAAAAUGGUGAGCUUGAGCUUGCUGCUGUUCCCUUGCCUGAGCCUUCUAGUAUUGAAAAUGAGGUAAAUAAUGGACCCCAAGCUCAAGGGUCAGUUCGGGCUCGUAGGGAUGCAGCAGCUCGUGCUAUGCAGGGGUGGCAUGUCCAACGACUUCUUUCCUCUGGUGAAGGUGGUGCGCCUAUAAUUAAGGACAAAAGUUCAAGUAAUUUGCCAAAGCGUGAAAAGAGUCUGAAAAGCAUUAGUUCAGUGAAGCAAAAGAGAACGCCAGAAGUGGAACAUCCUGUGAAGUCUGCAAGGAUAGACACUGCAAAACCGUUGGUUACAACAGUAGUGGACAUUGGACCCCCUGCUGAUUGGGUGAAGAUCAAUGUAUUUGAAUCUAAAGAGUGUUAUGAAGUUUAUGCUCUAGUCCCUGGGCUUUUGCGUGAAGAGGUUCGGGUUCAAUCAGAUCCAGCUGGACGCCUGAUCAUCACCGGGCAACCGGAACAGACAGAUAACCCCUGGGGUAUUACAGCAUUUAAAAAGGAGGUGAGUUUACCAGCACGGAUUGAUCCAUUGCAGACAUCUGCUGUUGUGAGUCUACAUGGAAGACUGUAUGUUCGAAUUCCGAUAGAGCAAUCGUGAGUACUCAGACUUGUAGGGAAAGAUGCUAACAAAGAGAGCUUGAAUGAUGUUAUAGCUUGUUUAUUGAUGUGCAUGUUUCUAGAUACUAAUUUUACAUUUAUCUUGAUUAGUCAAGAUGAGUGAAAUUAUUAUUCUUUUUCUUAUUCAACAGUUGUAAUUGAUAGGAUAUUGGUUAUAAAUUGUAAUUGAUUACUGUUUUA